AUGAAAUUAUCUCAAAUAAGAAAUCUGCAACUCCCAAAGAACCCUAAAGCGACUCCAUUCGAAAUAUUCUCUUUGCCGACGACAGCAACUCCUAAUCAGAUUAAAUCGAGGUACUACGAGUUGGUGCGUAUUUACCAUCCUGAUAAAGCAUCCAAUGAGUACACCCACACGCGUACAAAGGAAUUCCAAUCUAUCGUUAAAGCUUAUGAGCUAUUAUCGGAUACAAAAAAGAAGCAGCGUUUCAUAAACACAGGAUCAGGUUGGAGCAGCGAUUCUUUCGGCGAUACAGCCCAAUCACGCUGGCAAUCUGAUAUGGAAUAUGUUAGGAACAACUAUGCCCAUAGACGCUCAUCACAAUUCAACAACUCUCACAACUCACACUACUCAAAACGUUCGGGUGGCUGGGAUGGCGAUUUCUAUUGGUCGACGUAUCAUCAUCCAGCCAAUGGGAAACAUCAGCCAGUCUAUGGAUCUAACGGUGCUUUUAUUGCUGGUUUGAUCUUCUUCUCAACUAUAGUAACUCUCGUUGAAUAUCACACAUUCUUACCUACUUCUAUGAUUAAGAGUAGUCUAAACAGGUCAAACAACUCAGCUGCUAUGGAAGAAUGGCAAUUCAAGGCUAACAUCGACGCAAAUAGAUCACUAUCAAAUGCACACGAAUCACGUCAGCGACAUGGUUUGGCUAGAACGUUAGCAGCUAGAAAGCACGCAUCAAGGGAUCAGGAAGAUAGCGAGACCAGUGAAAAUCCUAAGCUACCACUACCCACCCAAUAA